AUGUUUGGCAACCCGGGCACGGUUCCUCCUCUUCAACAACACCUCGGCCAGCCCGCUCCUCUCGAUUUCGCUCAAUUUAUGCAGCAAGUCGACACCAUGAUGCAGCAAAUGGCCGCUCCGACGCAGCAACAAGCCAGCGCGCCGCCCGUCAUGCAAGUUUUCAGCACCGGCGCCGGCGGUGGCAUGCCUCCCAUGAACUUUCAGGCGUUCAUGCAAAGCAUGCUCUCGGGGCUGAAUGGCGGUCCGAUGGUCGGCAAUCCGGGCGACUAUGCGUUCGGUAGCUUGGACAACAUCAUCACUCGCCUCAUGGAGACCGCAGGUGAUCGAGGCCCACCGCCAGCGGCCAAGGACGUCGUGGAGUCCCUCCCCUCGGUGCGGAUAACACAGGAGGCCGUCGACGCCCACGAAGACUGCGCCAUCUGCAAGGACGAGUAUACCGUCGACGAGGAGGCCCUCAAGCUCUCCUGCGAGCAUCGCUUUCACCCAACUUGUAUAAAAGAGUGGCUGGGCAUGAGAAAUACCUGCCCGGUCUGUAGGUUUGAGCUCAAGGCUGGCGAGAAGCCAUCGGCCAAGGGUAACGGCGAGGGGAACAACAGACGAGGAGGAGGUGGUGGUGGUGGUGGUGGUGGUGGGCGAGGGGGCAACAGCAACGAGAACAACUCUGCCGACUCUCCGUUCCAGUUCUACCUGUAG